GCAAGCGCCAAAAAAAAAACAAAAAAAACACCUCUCGUCCCCCUUUUUUUCUCCUUCGCCAAACUCUUCAUUUCAUCUUCUUCAACAACUGAUACUGAUCUAAAGAGCUAACAAAAAAAAAAAAAAUGAGAAGCUUCAAUUUCUUCGGUAGAUUAUGUACGGCUUUCCAUGACUAUCCUUCUCUUUCUAAGAUCAUCGUCGUCUCUACACUCAGUAGCGGGAGCCUUAUAGCUUAUUCUGAGGCAAACACAAACAAUGGAAAUAGAGGCCGUGUUGCUCAUGCUGAUGCUGUCGCAUCCAAGAAAAAGAAGGUGGUGGUGCUCGGAACUGGUUGGGCAGCAAUGACUUUCUUGAAGAAUCUCAAUAACUGUAUUUACGAGGUGGAAGUUGUGUCUCCUCGUAAUUUCUUUCUCUUUACCCCAUUACUACCGAGUGUUACUUGCGGUAAAGUAGAAGCUCGUAGCAUCGUUGAGCCAAUUCGCAACAUCAUCAGAAAGAAACAUUUUGACGUCAGAUACCGUGAAGCUGAAUGUACCAAAAUAGAUCCAGCAAAUAAUAAAAUUUACUGCCGUGCCACUGCAAAUACCAAUUCAAAGCGGCGAGAAGAGUUUGCAAUAGACUACGACUACCUUAUUAUUGCUGUUGGAGCUCAGGUUAACACCUUUAACACCCCUGGUGUCGAGGGAAAUUGCCAUUUCUUAAAGGAAAUUGAUGAUGCUCAGAAGAUUCGGAGGAAUGUCAUUGACGCCUUUGAGAAGGCAAGCCUACCAAAUUUAACUGAAGAGGAGAGAAAGAAAAUCCUUCACUUUGUGGUUGUUGGUGGUGGCCCUACAGGUGUGGAAUUUGCUGCUGAACUUCAUGAUUUUGUGAACGAAGAUGUGGUCAAACUAUAUCCAAUGGUCCAAAACUUUGUGAAAAUAACUGUUCUUGAGGCCACAGAUCAUAUUUUGAACAUGUUUGACAAAAGAAUCACAAAGUUUGCUGAACACAAAUUUGGAAGAGAUAAUAUUGAAGUGAAAUUAGGAUCAAUGGUUACAAAAGUGACUGAGAAUGAAAUUUGUACAAAAGCAAAAGGUAGCGACAAAACAACUUCUAUGCCAUAUGGAAUGGUUCUCUGGUCAACCGGCAUUGGGCCACGUCCAAUCGUAAAGGACUUUAUGAAGCAAAUUGGUCAGGGUAAUAGGCGUGCUUUAGCAACUGAUGAAUGGCUAAGAGUAGAGGGAGUUGGUAACGUUUAUGCACUUGGUGACUGUGCAACUAUUAACCAACGGAAAGUCAUGGAAGACAUAACAGAAAUAUUUAAGAAGGCAGACGCGGAUAACUCGGGAACGCUGACACUCAAGGAAUUUCAAGAUAUCAGUAAUGAUAUUUGUGAAAGAUACCCUCAAAUGCAGCUUUAUCUGAAGAGCAAACCAGUGCGUAACAUUUUCGAUCGUCCAUCCCAAGUCAAAGGAAAAGCUUCAAAAGAAUCCAUUGAGCUGCGUAUUGAAGAAUUUAAAUCUGCUCUUUCCGAAGUUGAUACUCAGUUGAAGAAUCUGCCCGCGACUGCACAGGUUGCAAAUCAACAAGGUGCGUAUCUCGCUAAGUGCUUCAAUCGUAUGGAAGAGUGUGAAAUUAAUCCUGAAGGUCCCACUAGGAUCAGGGGAACAGGUCGCCAUCGUUUCCGUCCCUUUAGGUACAGGCACUUGGGACAAUUUGCUCCUUUGGGAGGGGAGCAAACAGCUGCACAACUUCCUGGUGAUUGGGUCUCAAUCGGACACAGCUCGCAGUGGCUCUGGUAUUCCAUCUAUGCAAGCAAGCAAGUAAGCUGGCGCACAAGGGCAUUGGUGGUCUCGGACUGGAUACGACGUUUUAUUUUUGGGAGGGAUACCAGUGGUAUUUAAGGUACAUUAACAGGUCUCUCUCGGUCUAGCAUUUGGAGGUACUGCUACAUAAACAUAUUGGAACGCUGUAGAGGUU